UUUUUUAACUUAUUAUUUAUUAGUCAAUUAGCUUAAUAUUAAUAUACGAAUCGUUUCCUAAAAUAUUUAGAUAGUUAGGUCGCCUAACUUAAGUGUUAGAUCAUGAAUAAUUAAUAAUACAUCAUAUUUAUAAACCUAUGCAUUUACAUGAAUACACAUUACGUUAUACACAAUACGCACAACUAUAUCUGUGAUCUAAGGUUUAUUACAAUUUACAAUUAUUAGCUUUCACUCUUUCGACCAUCGAGUUCAAUCACUAUAGGCAGACUACUGGGAAAGUGGAUAUAUCAAAAACAGUACUGUACCUACUUUAUUUUUAAAUCUGUAGAAAAAUUAAAGAGAUUCAUUUGAUCAUUUUUUCCAAUUAUUGUAUUUUCAAACCAAAAUGCCGUUAAAAGGAUUAAACGUUAUAGAAUUUUCUGGUCUUGCCCCGGUGCCUUUUGUUGGUACUAUAUUAUCUGAUUUUGGAGCAAAUGUAACUGUUAUACAAAAAAAAAGUGUUGCUAUGGAACUUACAGGCUUUUUAAAUGGUGGCAAAAAGUCUAUAAGUAUCAAUUUAAAACAUCCAGAAGGUAUUGAAAUUACACAGAAAUUAAUCACUAAUGCUGAUAUUGUACUUGAACCUUAUAGACCCGGUAUAAUGGAAAAACUGGGAUUAGGCCCCGAUGUAGUGAUGGCCAAAAAUCCUCGUUUAAUAUAUGCACGAUUGAAUGGCUAUGGUUCAUAUGGACAAAAUGCACAGAGAGCUGGGCAUGACAUAAAUUAUUUAGCCAUGUCAGGAUUGUUGUCAUUGUAUGGUACAAAGAAUUCAAAACCCAUUCCUCCUGUAAAUUUUUCUGAAUUCGCGGGCGGUAGUAUGAUAUGUGUAAUGGGAAUUUUAAUGGCAGUCAUAGAAAGAUACAAAAGUGGAAAAGGUCAGGUGGUUGACGCCAACAUAACUGAAGGAAUUUCUUAUGUUGGAAGUUGGUUGAUGUGUUCACAAGACUCAAUGAUUUGGGGAAAACCAAAAGGACAGAAUUUACUGGAUGGAGGAAUGCACUUCUAUGAUACGUACGAAACCAAAGAUGGUAAAUGGAUGGCUGUCGGCGCAUUAGAACCACAAUUUUAUCAAGAGUUCAUCAAUGGACUAGGAUUGGACAUCAAUGACAUUGAACAGAUGGAUAAUUUUGAGAAAAAUAAAGAAAUUAUUGCAAACAAAUUCAAAGAAAAAACACGAGAAGAAUGGUGUAAUAUUUUUGAUUCAAAAGAUGCUUGUGUGACUCCUGUGUUAGAGCUGGACGAGGUUGACCAGCAUCCACAUAACGCAAGUAGAAAGUCAUACUUGAGGAAAGAUAAAAUUGUGGUACCUGUUCCAGCUCCAAAAUUAAGCGUUACUCCUGGUGUUUCAAGUUCUAAUAAACCAACUGCAGUUUGUGGACAGAAUACAAGAGAAAUACUUGAAAGUAUUGGAUACACACAAAUAGAAAUCAACAAACUAUUUGAAAAUAAAACUUUAUUUCAAGACUCAAAAUCCAGGUUAUAGUUGGUAUUACAGUUUUCGCUAGGUUGUUAUGUAAGCUUUUGUCAUAAUGUUUUUAUGUAUUAAACGGUUUUGUUUUUUCUGUGAUUGUA